UACAACCGCUGCCCUUGAUCUCCUCCCAGUAACAACCAGCAUCCAGCGCCUCUUUCAGCUGGACCGGACUUCCUGUUCCGCUCACUGGGUCCAUCAAGCACUCGCCUGGGGAUUGAAGCAAACGCCUUUGAAUGCCUCAUUAGUGUCAGCAGGUGGCCCACAUUGAAAAGGAUCUCGUCCCGCAGAGAGCGGACACACUCCUCAAAGUGCUCCCCGUCCUUAUCUGCGUCUCUACAAGACCAAACCCAAGGUUUAGCCAUUCCUUUUUAUCCCGGUCUGGGAUCUUCUCACCUGAAGUCGACCCACAGCAGGCCGGCCGUGAUGAGCCCCAGCCAUUCGCUGGCCUCCCAGUCCUGGGCCAGCAUGACGGGGACCACGGCCACCCCCCUGCUGUCGGCGUAGUUCAGCUCCUUCUUGCAGCUGCGAGAUGCCUGGUAGGCCGGCGUCAUGAAGGGACAAAUGACGGCCGCCUUCUCCACGGCCGCCGCCAUCCUGAAGUGGAAGGACGACACAAGCCCCGGGCUACUAGGUCGGCCAUCUUCUCAGUGGAUGUCCUCAGUGCACCGUGACGUCUGGCAGCGUAAUCGCCCUCCUGCCGUCCUAAUUACCAGACACACACACACACACAGAUGGAGUGUGUCAGUGCUAUGACACGUUAGCCAAAGCUCUGCUAGAAAGGCUGAAGAGCAGCUGUAGAUGUGCCAUGGAGAUGAAGAAAGGUGCAUGGAGGACAGGUGUGUCUGAAGAGGACGUCCUACCCGCCAGCAGGUAGCGUGAUUUGAUCUUUUUGCCACUGCAGCUUCCAAAAAACCAAAGUUGAGGAAUGUACCGGCAUAGCUUGGCCAGGCUGGUCUUGGCGCUGCUUUGCGCCCACUCCCUCGCCCACUCACUCACCCACCUGUUCAACCUGACGCUCUCCGUCAAAGAAGGCCUACCCGUUAAAACCAUCGUCGGGGACCUGGCGGCAGGUCUGAGCGGUCCCAGCACCGGCUUCUUCAUCUCGGAAAGCCGGGACUCGUACGUCUUCCGAGAUCUGGAAAUCGACCCGGACACCGGGAUCAUCUCCACGGCAGUGGUCCUGGACCGCGAGACCAGGGGACGGUACGACUUUGUGGCGGCCACCCUCACAGGGGAGAUGAUCAGAGUGAGGCUGGAGGUGGAGGAUAUCAACGAUCAUUCUCCGGCAUUCCCCUCGGAGGAGGUGGACUUGGAAGUGUCGGAGCUGAGUCCACCCGGAAGCUGCUUUCACCUCGAAGGAGCUCGGGAUCAGGAUGAGGGUGACUUUGGUACCCAAGGGUACAGAAUCCGAGAGGCUGAGAUGGGGGGGACCUUCCAACUGGAGCAGCGAGGUGGUGCUACUGCAGACCAUCUCGGUCUGGAUUUGGUCCUCCUGAGCAAAGUUGACAGAGAAGCUCGGGAUUUGUACUCCCUGACCAUCGAGGCCUUCGAUGGCGGCAUCCCAGCCCGGACCGGGACACUUCGGGUCAACAUCCUCGUCUCGGACGAGAACGACAACCCGCCUGUGUUUAACCAGACUGAGUAUCGUGCAUCUGUAUCAGAAAAUGCUCCGGUGGGAUCGUCUGUGUGCCGGGUCCACGCCACCGACCUGGACCUUGGAGACAAUGCCAGAAUCACCUACGAGAUCAACCGGCGGCAAAGUGACCCCAACCACUUCUUCUCUGUCGAUCAAACCACCGGAGUGGUUCAUCUCAGCAAAGCGCUGGAUUUUGAAGAGCAAGGUUUCCACGAGCUGAUGGUCACCGCCAGAGACAACGGCGCACAACCGGAGUCCAGCAGGACGUUUGUGGUGGUGAAGGUGCUAAACGUCAACGACCACAGCCCCUCCAUCAGCGUCCUGUUCCUCAGCGAGACGGGCGAGGCUGUGGUGUCGGAGGAUGCUGGAAUAGGAGACUAUGUUGCAAGGAUUUCCGUGUCAGACCCGGACCUCCAUGGAGAGAGGGUCUCUGUGGCCCUCCAGGGCGGCGAUGGGAAGUUCACCUUGAAGCAGACUGAUGACUUCCUGUUUGCUUUGUGUGUGGACGCAGAGCUGGACAGGGAAGACCGGGAUCUUUACCAACUGAAAGUCCAUGCCUCCGAUCUAGGGAGCCCCCCUCUGAGCAGUGAGACGGUCCUUGUCAUUAAGGUGUCUGACGCCAACGAUUGCCCCCCUGUCUUCAUGAAGGACAUCUUCAUUGUCCGCAUCACAGAAGAUGCUCCAAAGGGGACUUCCCUCAUCAGGAUGCAGGCUCAGGACAACGACCAAGGCGUCAACGCAGACGUCAACUACUCCAUCCUCAAAUCGGACCGGGACAGCCUGGUGAGCAUCGACGCCUGGUCCGGUCUGGUCACCACAGCAGGACCCCUGGACAGGGAGAUCCAGGCGGAGGUGUGGUUUCUGGUGGUGGCGGCGGACCAAGGGGAAGCGGCUCUGUCGUCCACCGCUACCGUCACCCUGCUCCUGGAGGAUGUCAACGACAACGAGCCUGUAUUCCCGCAGGGACUCUACAACAUGAGCGUCCCCGAGCACAGUCCACCUGGAAGCUGCUUUUUACAAGUUGUGGCCGAAGACGCAGACAGUCCAGAGUUCGGUACGCUGGUCUACUCUCUGUCUGACCAGAACCAGCUCUUCCACAUUGACCCGCACACUGGAGAUCUGUGUGUCUCCCAGGACAUCGACAGAGACGUUGGACAGACAUCCCAUGACAUCCUGGUCACAGCUGAGGACCCGGGAGGCCUGAGCGCACAAACCUACGUGCAUGUGGACGUGGAAGACCUCAACGACAACACUCCGGUGUUCAACCCCAAGGAGUACACCACCAGCAUCAGCAGCCACGCUCAGCCCGACACCGAAAUCCUCAACGUCAUUGCCACCGACACCGACUCGGGGCGCUUCGGCACCGUCACUUACGCCGUCCUGCCUGGUGACCUGUCCGCCUUGUUUGCCGUCCAUCCCCACGCGGGCAUGCUUUACCUGACGUCCCCUCUCACCCACCUGGGGGGUGCCAGCGUCAAGCUCGCCAUCACGGCGCAGGACGGAGGCGGCUUGAACUCGCCCCGACCGGCGGAGGUGACCGUUCACAUUUUAUCCAGCGCUCAGGCUCCGCCCGUGUUCCAGAGAUCACGCUACAACUUCAGCGUGCCCGAGGACGCCCCCCCGGGCACCAUCGUGGGGACUGUGCGGGCCACCGGUCCCACGGGUAAUGCAGCCUCUGUCGAGUCGGUAUCCUACAGAAUCUCCUCUGGCGACCCUCAGGGUUUGUUUGGCAUCCACGCCACGUCGGGCCAGAUCAUCAGCAUCAAAGCUCUGGACCACGAGUCGCUGCCCUGCGCUCUGCUCUUCCUUCAGGCCUACACUGACUCCUCCCCCAUUUACAGCACCACCCAAGUCAACAUCACCGUCACGGAUGUCAACGACGUGGCCCCCGUCUUCCUGAAGCCGAGGGACGCCAUCACGGUGUCCCAAAACACGCCCCCGGGGACGGUGCUGUUCAUCGCUCACAUUCACGACUAUGACAGUGGCGCCAAUGGGAGGGUGUCAUACCGCCUCCAAGGUCGGAGCUCCAGUGGCGCCUUUGUGGUUGAUCCCAACCUGGGAACCCUCACCUUGAACCAAAGUCUACAGGGGGAUCCUCGGCAAAAGUACGACCUGGACAUCGUGGCCGAGGAUCAAGGAGAUCCUCCUCUGAGCUCCACGCUGACGCUCACCGUUAACGUCGACCGCACCGCUUCCUCAGAUAGCCUCGCCUUCGAGACGCUGGUCUACCAGGUGGAGAUAGGCGAGGGCUACCGCCAGGACUCCAGGGUCAUCCAGGUCAGGGCGCACCCGAGCCGAGGCCCCUCCCAUUUGGCCGUCACUUACUCCUUGGCGGAACAUGAGGCAUUCCAUCCUGCUCCCUUCCGGAUCCAUCCCAAGACUGGUUGGUUGUAUCUCUCGGACAAUCUGGACUACGAGACGGAAUCUAAAUAUAGUUUUGGAGUGUUAGCCACCGCGAUGGACAUGAACGCCACGGCCACGGUCAACGUUCUGGUUCUGGAUAUCAACGACAACACUCCGCAAUUCAGCAGGGAUGUGUACUACUUCACGCUAUCAGAGGGACCGACCCCCCGAGGCCUGGUGGGACAAGUCAAGGCCACGGAUAAGGACUCUGGGAAAAACGCCCAGCUGUCCCACAUCCUGCUAUCGGAUGGCAAGUUUUUCCGCAUCAACGAUAAAACAGGUGAGAUCAUCACCUGGGUGGCGUUGGAUCGGGAGCAGCACAACCAGCACACCCUCAAAGUGAUGGUUACGGACCAGGGAAGUCCUCGUCUCAACGCCACCGCCACCGUCCACAUCCUGGUCACGGACAUUAAUGACAACGCACCGCAGUUUAUGCACCUUCCUGCUAGCAAGGAGCGCAAUGUUCAGAUAUUGGCUGGUGUACCGUCGGGAUCGUUGGUGACAACCAUCUUUGCUAAAGACUCCGAUGCGGGAGAAAACGGGACUGUGUCUUUUACGCUGAUUACCCUUGGCGUCCAAGGUCAACGUUUGGGACAUUUCGUGAUUGACAGUAAAAGCGGCGACAUCAGGACAACGUCACUUUUCCAGCGCAACAUGGAAGCGGCUUACACCCUGAAAGUGACUGCUCGUGACGGCGGGAGAUCACCGCUAGAGGCCGUUGCACUCGUCCAUGUUCAGGUCUAUGGAGACCAGGCCCAGUUUGGACAUUCCGAGUCACCAGUCGUGAGAUGUCUCUCGGUGAGAGAAGACACGCCGCCGGCCACCGUCAUCGGCUCAGCCAGCAUCUGGCGUGAAGGGAAAUUCCACUAUUCCAUCACAGAAGGAGACGGGAGCGUCCACUUUGGCAUUGACAGCGAGUCAGGGGACAUCUACGUCCGCCAGCCUCUGGACUACGAGACAGUUGUGCAGUUCACGUUCACGGUUCUUGCCGAGGACGAGUACGGGACGGGGAACGUGACGGUACAGAUGUUUGUGACGGUGGACGACGUGAACGACCACCCCCCCUGGUUCCCGGAUGAGCUGGUGACAUUUGCUUUAAGAGAAGACGCCGCUAUCGGUUCGCCGGCGUUUGCCUUUCAUGCACGGGACGCCGACGGGACAUACGCUAACAGUGCCCUCCGCUACUCCUUAACCUUUCACCCAGGCCUCAGGUGGGGGUCUUAUGGCUUCCCCUUUCAAUUGAACCCCCACACCGGGAUCUUAACCGUGGCGGCGCUGUUGGACCGCGAGAUGACCCCCGCCUACGCCUUCACGGUGACUGCCAGCAACCAAUCCGAGAGUCAGGAUGAGCGGAGACUUACAUCAGUGACAGCUCGGGUUUUUCUGCUGGACGUCAAUGACGAGCGGCCCGCGUUUGUGUCGCCGGAGGCGGUCCAGGUGAUGGAGGACGCGGCGGUCGGGAGUCGCGUGCAUCAUUUUGUGGCCACGGACGGAGACGAAUGGGACAACGGACUUGUCUCCUUCGUCAUCCUGGCUGGGAAUACUGAGGGCUUAUUCUCUCUGGAGGAGGACACUGGCCUCCUGCGGCUCUCGGCACCGUUGGACUUUGAGACGGAGCGUUUCCACCGGCUGACGGUGGGGGCCCUGGACCGCGGCCGGCCUGCGCUCUCAUCCACCCAGACACUGACGGUGGACGUGGUGGACGUCAACGACCAAACGCCCGUCUUCAGUAGGGACGUCUACGCCGCCAGCGUGUCGGAGAACAGGGAGCCUGGAGAAGCGGUGGUCAGGGUGUCCGCCACUGACCAGGAUUCAGAGGAGAACGCCGUGGUGUGGUACAGUCUCCUGCCUGGACCGGGCUACGAGUUCUUCAGCAUCAAUCCGUACAGCGGACUCAUCAGCACCUCCUCCUUCCUGGACAGAGAGCAGCAGCAGCAGCAGUUCACUCUCAGAGUCCAGGCUCGGGACAGCAGCCCCCGGCCCCUAUCGGGUACCGCCACGGUGCACUGCUCCGUGCUGGAUGACAACGACAACCCCCCGGAUUUCACACAGUCCUCCUUCCAGAUCAGCUUGCCGGAAAACCUGCCCCCCGGGGUGGUUCACACUGCUCAGGCCUUCGACCCGGACCAAGGAGAGAACGGCACCAUUCACUACUCCAUACAAGGCGAUGACUACAGAGGUGUCUUCGCUAUCGACAGCCGCUCGGGCGUGGUCAGGACCAUGCAGGUCCUGGACCGUGAGGACAAGCAGAACUACACGCUGACCAUAAAGGCCCAUGAUGGUGGCAGCAGCCCUCUCAGCUCCACCACGCAGCUCCAGCUGGUUCUCCUGGACCACAACGAUAACACCCCCACCUUCACCCGCAGGAGCUACCACGCCUCCAUCCGCGAGGAUCUCCCAGCCGGGGUCCAGGUCCUGAGCGUCACCGCCCUGGACCCCGACGAGGCGUCCAACGGGGAUGUUGCCUACUCGCUAGCAGAGGACAGCAGCCGGGGCGCCUUCUCCGUCGAAGCGUCCACGGGCGUAAUCCGGACCACGCGGGCGCUGGACCGAGAGAGGGGGGCCUUGUUCAGCCUGAGGGUGAUGGCGACAGACGGCUGCACCCGAGGACCACUCAGCUCCUUUGCGUCAGUCACCGUGCAAAUGGAGGACGUCAACGACAACGCGCCCGUUUGUGAGCGGAAUCCCAUCAACGCUUUCAUCUCCAGCGGGACACUUCCAAACCAUGUCAUCACCACGGUGACGGCCAAGGACACGGACCACGGGGCGAAUGGGACCAUCAGGUUCUCCCUCUCAGAUGAUGAGAACCUCUUCGACAUCAACAGCGAGUCAGGAGAAAUUUCACUCAGACGACGGGUGAGGGCGGGUUUGUCCGUCAGGAAGCUUCAGGUACAGGUGUCAGACAGAGGACUUCCUGCUUUGACCUCCAGCUGCUUGGUCUUUGUCCGACUGAAAGGACAACCUGAGGGUCUGCAGUUCACACACGAGGUGUACAACGCUACUAUCCAGGAGAACAGCAGGGCGGGCACGUGGAUCACAACAGUCGAUGCCAGCGACCCGACCAGCAGCAGACAAGGAAUAUCGUACGCCAUAGUCAGCGGCGAUGGCGUCUUUUCCAUCGACCGCCACACAGGUGAGGUCCGAGUGCAGAAGGACCAAGUGCUGGACUUUGAGCACAGCCCUCAAAUGGAGCUGGUGGUCCUGGCGGACGACGGGGUUCAGACGGCUCACUGCAAGGUGGUCGUCAGUCUACAGGACUCCAACGACAACGCCCCUCUGUUUGAACAGGGCGCCUACAGAGCCGCUGUGUGGGAGGGGCAAGCGCGCAACACCUACAUCAUGCAGGUGUUUGCCUCCGAUGCCGACAGCGGGAUAAACGGAGAGGUAGAAUUUUCAAUCGUGUCUGGGGACCAUAAUGACGCUUUCAUCUUGGACUCCGUUCGUGGGAUACUGGCUACCGACGCGCUGCUGGACCGGGAGAUCACGCCAUGCUACGAGCUGGUGGUCCAGGCCACAGACAGAGGAAGUCCUCCGCUCAGCAGUAGCACCACCAUCAGGGUCCAAGUGGUGGACAUCAAUGACAACAACCCCGCCAUCCCCCCCAUGGAACCUGCGCUGGUGGCCGAGAAUCUUCCCGCAGGUUCUGUGGUCACCCGGGUGACGGCCAACGACGUGGACCUGAACUCCACCAUCGUCUACAGCUUCUCCCACAGCACCUACACCCACGGCCCCUUCGCCGUGGACCCCUACACCGGCACCGUCACCCUGACUCAAGCCCUGGACUUUGAGGCGGACAACACUGAGUACAACCUGACCGUCUGGGCGUCCGACUCCCUCCACCAGACAUCCGCAGAGGUCCGAGUUCAAGUGCUGGACGUCAACGACCAUGCACCUGUCUUCGCACAGAUGUCAUACCAGGUGGACUUGUCUGAACUGGUUCCAGAGGACUCCUUUGUGGUGAAUGUGUCAGCCACCGACAGAGACUCGGGACUCAACGGCAAAGUGGCCUACAGGCUGCUCUCGUCUCCUUUACAAGGCUUUUACAUCAACGCAGAUACCGGAUCCAUUUUCACCAGCAAGCCAAUGGAGUCCAACAGCAACCACGUGCAUCUUCUCGUUGAAGCCCGAGACAGCGGAGACCCAGUACGCUCCACCAUCACCUCCAUCGAUGUGCUCAUCGUGGACGCCAAUGACCACGCCCCUCUAUUCCAUCAGGACGUCUACACCAUCAGCGUCUCGGAGGACACGCCCACCGGUGCCACGCUUCUGACGCUCUUUGCCUCAGACCAAGAUUGUAGCCCUGAGAAUACGUACUUGGACUAUGCCAUCACAAAGGGAAACACAGGGAAGCCAUUUUGUCUCCAAGUCAAAGCAACGCAAACGGAGAAUCAGAUGAAAAAUGUUGGCAAACUGGUUCUGUGCGGUUCGUUAGACCACGAGACCACAGAGAGUUACUUUCUCACGGUGAGCGUGUCCGACCGUGGAACGCCAGCGCUGAACAGCUCCGCCAUCGUCAGGGUGACCGUCACAGACUCCAACGACAACGCCCCGGUCUUUUCCAGCACCGAGUACCACGCACGGGUCAGUGAAAGCAGCCCCAUGGGCGCCAGCGUUGUCCAGGUCCGCGCCCAAGAUCCGGAUUUGGGAAUCAACGGUUUUCUGCGUUACGACAUCGUCUCAGGGGACAGCAGAGGACGCCUCAGGCUGGACACUCGGUCUGGGCUUUUGGUGGUCAACAGCUCGCUGGACUACGAGGAAGACUCCGAGUACACACUCACGAUCCGGGCGUGUGACGGCGGGGAAUCAUCCGAAGAUCGCAAAGUGGCUUUUACCGUGGUUUUUAUCACGGUUCUGGACGAGAACGACAACAGUCCCUACUUCCUGUUCUCCACUUUGAACUGCUCUGUGCUGGAAAACCUGCCCGUGUUUACGCACGUAUGUUCAGUCCACGCUGUCGACAACGACCUUGGCCCCUACGGGCGGCUUACUUACUCCAUCCUGUCUUCCUGCUUCACUGACUUUGGAGACAGGAAGGAGGCGUUCGCCAUCGAUCCCCACACGGGCCACGUUCAUACCAGGCAGACUUUUGAUUAUGAACACGAGCGCGAGUACUGCUUUGUGGCGGAAGCCAGGGACAAAGGCGACAAGGCGGCUACGGUGCGAGUGCACAUCUCCAUCAAGGGCGUGGACGAGUUCAGUCCCGUUUUCACCCAGAAGCAGUACCGCUUCCCUUUCCCAAAAGACGCCAAGACCAGAGAAACGGUUGGCUUUGUGAUGGCCACGGACCAUGAUGGAGGAGUGGACGGGGUGGUGGAGUACUCCCUCGUGAACCCACCGCCGUUCUUUUCCAUUAACAAAACAAUCGGUGCUAUCUAUGUGUCAGGAAAUGUAGUCCGCAGGUGGGGCGUCCACAGAGGUGACGAUGAGCUGGAACUGCUGGUUUUGGCCGGUAGUCCCCGACUCGGCUCCAGGACUACUUCCUGUCAGGUUUUUGUCAACAUCUCCACCUCGGCUGAGGUGCUUGUCGGGGUUCCUCUUGAUGGACAUGUGCUCAGUCUGAGUGUCUCACUGGCCAUAUUCCUGCUCUUCCUCGUCAUCUUCGUCACCUUGGUUCUCAGAUCCAAAAUAAAAAAGUCAGCUUCCGUGACAUCAAACACGAAGCGCAGCUCGUUUGGACGAUCGGACUGCGCCAUCUCUCUGCAGGGGAUGAAACCCAGCAUCUUGGUGAGCAAGUGUGGCGCGGCAAACCGCUACACCCCGUCAAACUCAAGCGGCCGUGGAUCGGCGGAAGGAGAGACGGCUGAAGACCAGGAGAUCAAGUGGAUCAACGAGUACCCCUCAGAGAACCCGGACUCGGCCUUACCUGGGGACACCAUGUCCUGCCAGUCUGUUGGUGUAGAUCCACAACAUAUUUUAUCAGUGACUUUUGUCUCAGGGGGGGCCAGCACUGAAGGCCUCCACCACUUUCAAGAGGAGGGAGGAAGUGAGGGACUACUUCCUGCAACAAUAAGGGGGCGGGAUCUGGAGGGAAUAAGGGAGAAUGUUGUUCUUUCUGAGGCUCUUGCAUCUUCAGAGUCCCUGUCCUCACUUUUGCAUCCGGAUGAGCGUCUGGAAGGGGGCUACACUUGGGACUACCUGCUGGACUGGGAGCCACGCUUCCAGAAUCUGGCCUCCGUCUUCACGGACUUAGGGAUGCUCCUGGAUGAGGAUCUUCAAGGUGGCCGCGAGGACUUGGCAACGGACAUCCACGGUCCCAUGCACCCGCCGCCGCUCAUAACGUCCGUGGCUCAGCCCGGCAUCAGGACCGUACCGCCGCGAAAACCACAUUGUGUGCCGAGCUUAGGGAGGCGGCCCUCCUACCCCAGAUAUGCUUACUCCCCGUUGGCGAGGAACACGGGACUCACCCCGACGGCCAUGACUCCCACGUUCUCCCCUUCGCUGUCGUCACUCACAAUCAGGACGCCCACCGUCUCGCCGGUGGUCUCGGACACCGGGGUCGGGGGUAUCAGACUUGACUCGGGGCCACUGACUGCAAGUCUCCUGGAGGCAGAAAUACAAGUAUAAGCAAAGGCUUGGACUGUGAUCCCCGGACCAAGGGUACCCGCCCAGACCCCGGAUACCGGCGCCUCACCUUGGAAAGGAUCACAGACAAUCAGGUGCCUCGUGGGUGGGGUUCUACUCAUGGAGCCUAGACUGAAGAGUCAAACGGGUCCCCACCACCCCUGGGGCCUGGGCGGUUGUCAUCAUACUGUAUGUAGUACUGUAGCUAAAACAACAAUUUUACAACGUUUCUUGUUCUUGACUUUUAAUCAGCAUUCCUUCGUGUUCUGUUCAACUUAUCUUGGUGUCAUUCCUCGGCCUUGAUAUACGCCUCUCUUAAAAGGAUGGCAAUAAAACAAAUCAUAUUUGACGUCCAAUAUACGUUUGAAAUAACGCGUAGCAGAUGUACUGUAGUACAUCAUGGAGUACACAGCAUUUCAUCAUAGUGCACAAAAUGAAACACGUUAUGUGCUUGCUUUUUGCCCUUUUUUAUCUGUGCUAGGAUUAUUAUAUUAUGAUUAUUAAUCGAAUGAUUUAGGCGAUGUUGAUCAUGCCGUGGCGUGUGCCGACUACCGACGUUAUGACGUGUUUUAUGGCACAUGAAGAUUUCUUCAUCAGAAACAAAUUGUGUUAAGCCGCAUGCUGUAAGUGGAAGCUGUUUUUCCAAGUCUGCGCUCUAAUGGAAGCAUGAUGGGAUGCUGGAGGUUCCAAAGCAAAUGUGCUCCUCCUCAGGGAACGCCAGGAAGGAUCCGGAGGUCUCCAUCAGAUGUUUCCAGCAGAGAUAAUAAACAGUGCGGCGCUGACCCUUGCCAUGCGUGCCAUCACCCAGAGCUCCCAGGACCAUGGAGGAGAUCUCUCAGCGGAUCAGGUGAGCUGGCUAAACAAGCUUCCCCAGCACAGCGAGUUAAAAAGCACCACUUCUGAAAAAUCAACACCUGGAGUGUAAGUGCUUCCAAUCCAAAGAAAAAAUACAUUAAGACGCUUAAUCCACAAAGUUCACGGCCCCUUUGUGCCCUGAAAGCUUUUUAUCUGCUGUCUGACAUUUGCUGACACAAUACUGUACAGGCGUAGUCAAAGAUCCUCUACGACAGGAGCGCAGGGGGCGCCGUGUAAGGGGGGAGGCAGCUAAGUGCCCCCGCACUGACAGGGGCCUCACAAAAUAAAACAGCAGUGGUGACAACAGAUUUUUGUUUCCAUGGGCAGCACCCCUGCAGGAGCGCUGCGUUGUUUUUAAGGAGUUAUUCAGAGAUCAUCUACUCGACAGGAGUAAUCUGCUGCAAAAAGUCAUGUCAAAGAUCUUCUAAAUGACAGGAGCGAUAUGAUGUUUUUAAGAAUGUGGUCAAAGAUCCUCUAUAAGAAAGGAGCACUUGGCUGUUUUUGAAGGACCUCCUGCAAAAAGUCAAUUCAAAGAUCCUCUACAUGACAUGUUUUGCCAUUUAUAAGGACUUACUGCAAAAAUGCUAGUAACAACAGGAGUAAUCAGGUGUUUUUAAUAAUGUCGUCAAAGAUCAUUUAGUCUAUGACAGAAGCAAUUUGCUGUUUUUAAGGACCGACCGCAAAAACAGUAAUCAAAGAUCCCAUAUAUACAACAGGAGGGCUUUGCUGUUGUUGAUAACCUGGGGCAAAAACACUCAUGACAGGAGUGCGCUGAUAUUAAGAAUGCCAUCAAAGAUUGUCUAUCUGACAGGAGCACUCUGCUGUUUUUAGGGACCUGCUUCAAAAAUGUCCUCUAUAUGACAGGAGUGCUUUGCUGUUUUUGAAGACUUAUAAUGAUAGGUCAAAGAUUGUCUGAAUGACAGGAGUGAGCUUUAGUUUUUAAGAAUGUAUCCAAAGAUCCUCUAUAUGACAGAAGCAAUUGGCUGUUUUUAAGGACCGACCGCAAAAACAGUAAUCAAAGAUCCAAUAUAUAUGGCAGGAGGGCUUUGCUGUUGUUGAUGACCUGGGGGCAAAAACACUCCUAAUGACGGGAGUGAGCUGAUAUUAAGAAUGCCAUCAAAGAUUGUCUAUAUGACAGGAGCAAAAUGCUUCAAAAAUGUUAGCUAACUAAAUGUCCUCUAUAUGACAGGAGUGCUUUGCUGUUUUUGAAGACUUAUAAUAAUAAGUCAAAGAUUGUCUGAAUGACAGGAAUGAGCUGGAGUUUUUAAGAAUGUAUCCAAAGAUCCUCUAUAUGACAGAAGAUCAAAGAUCCUGUAGAUAGAACUGGAUAUGACAGGAGCGCCUGGCUAUUUUUGAGGACUUACUGCUAAAACCCAAGUCAAAGAUCGUCUGUGUGACAGGAGGGCUUUGCUGUUUUUGAUGGCCCACUGGUCAAACAGCAGUCAAAGAUCUUCUAUACGACAGGAGGACAAGCACAGUGAGGCAUUGUCGUGCGUGUGUGGUCUCCACGUGUCGGUGGUGCUCGAUGCUCGCGGCUGGUAGAGCUAGCGAGUCUUGCUGGAAGAGGACGUUGCAGCCAUGAAUGAAAUCCAGCUGUGUUGCUCUUCUCCUGCCUCUUAUUUCUCCUCGUGUACGUUUGUGCUGCUGGCGAGUGAACUCGCCUCCAAACAAGACGGCCUUUGUGGUUUCUGGACAACAUCAAGCAUCACAUCAGCCCGUAGUCGUCUUGUUCCCGUUAGCAAGACUUGUUGGAUGCGUCCAACCUGGUAGGAGGGCUUUGGGCAAGAUGUACUGCUUAUGUACUAGCUCAUGGCGCUAAAUGUACAUUUUAGCACAACCUUCCCAGUGGGAUAUUUCCAACUUCCCAGAAGUCCCACUUAGGAUUUUUUUUUCCCGUUUCCAAAAAAAGGAGAAUGUUGGACGUUUGCGUAAUCCCUCCUGAUGGACGCCCAAGCAAACAAGCAGCACGCAAAGCACGCAUGACCUCCUUGGUGGAGGUAAUUAAUGGCAGAGCUCCUUACCUUCUGCCUCCAAUGCUUUUCAGAUGUUAGUCCAGCAACGGAGGGGCUGCUCCUGAUGGAAUAAAAACCAGUAAGAGGCUAGCUUGCUAGCAUGUGUUGUGAACUCAUCCAAAUACCAAAGACGUACUUCAAUGUUUUUAUAAACCCAACAACAUAUUUGUGCUUCUUUUUUUGUGCUACAGGCAAAAAGAGGUGAUGAUGCAACUCUCCACUCAUACAUGAACACUUCAUAACACUUUUGAAAACGGCCACAAGGUGGCGGAAGAGCUCGGCAGGGAUCAUCUGGAGGGAAGAAUCACAUGACAGGAAGGAGGGAGUGGUGCUGCAUGCACACUGUAGUUCACUUCCAAAUGUGAAAUAGUAAAUAGUGUUAUUUGUAAAUAAAUAAUUAUUUUCAUGUAAAACAACUCAAUUUUGAGUUGUUUGUGAUGGAUAGUCUUUUAGAUAUUUGAGCAAACAAUAUUUGUGUCCAGGUGAAAGGUACGGUAUGCUUGAAAAUUUCUAGUUGGGAGCUGAUAUUUUCCUGAAACUUACCUAUAUUCUACUGCUGAUGACUAAAGAACGGAAAAAUGUAGUAACAAACUUUUUUCCCCCGCAAAAAAGACAGGAGUCUAAUCUAAAAAGUCGAAUCUAGUCGAAAAAGCCAACAAGAAAACGGCCAGCAUGAAAUGAUUUAUUAUUUUUGAUUUAUUUUGAUUUUCUUGUAGUUGUUUACAUGUACAAGCACAAAAUACAUCAACCUAAGGCAAAUAUUUGCAUACAUUUGCUGUCUUUUA